AAUCCUAAUCCCGGUCUUGGUCUGGGGAUGCUGAAGAGUGAUUUACAAGAAGGUUUACUACCCCUCUCAAUUAUUUACCCCAUUAAUGGAAUUUAUCAACAGCCUGGAGUCCUUGGCAGGAUUAUGAGCGAACAGAGGAUGCACUGAAAUGAACACACUGGGUAGCCAUGCCAGAGAUUUGCAUGUGCAGAAGGGAAAUUGAAGACAUUUGAGUGGUGACUUACAUGGCAUUUGGGAACACCACUGUCCAUCUCAGGAAAGCAGACUAACCUCCCAACAUCUCUUCACUAUCUUUGCUAGAAGCGGGGCGGCUAUGUUCUUGGGACCUUGGCCUUUCUUUCACCUUAUGCUCUGGUUUGCAGCUCCCAGAAGACAGCGAAGACACCAUGGCCUUGUAACUUUCAAGCUCCUGCGGUGUGUGUGCCUCCUGGCCCUCACGUCCAUCCCGCAACAGGUGUGCGGACCCCCUUACAAGAUAGGGGUGGUGGGCCCUUGGGCUUGUGAUCCGUUGUUCUCAAAAGCUCUGCCUGAGGUUGCUGCUCGAUUAGCCACUGAGCGGAUCAACAGGGACCCAUCAUUUGACCUGGGUUACUCUUUUGAAUACGUGAUUCUCAAUGAAGACUGCCAGACUUCCGGAGCCCUUGCCAGUUUCAUUUCUCACCACCAGAUGGCCUCAGGAUUUAUUGGACCUGCCAAUCCCGGCUACUGCGAGGCAGCCUCGCUCUUGGGAAACAGCUGGGACAAAGGGAUUUUCUCUUGGGCCUGUGUGAAUUAUGAAUUAGACAAUAAAAAUAGCUAUCCGACCUUUUCUCGGACACUCCCUUCUCCCAUCCGUGUGCUGGUAACCGUCAUGAAAUAUUUCCAGUUGGCUCACGCUGGAGUCAUUUCCUCAGAUGAAGACAUUUGGGUGCACACAGCCAAUCGAGUAGCAAGUGCUCUUCAGAGCCGGGGCCUACCUGUAGGGGUCGUCCUGAGCACAGGACGAGACAGCCAAAGCAUUCGGGAAGCUCUCCAGCAGAUUCGCCAGGCUGACAGAAUUCGCAUAAUCAUCAUGUGUAUGCAUUCGGCCUUGAUUGGGGGAGAGACUCAGAUGCAUCUCUUGGAAUGGGCUCAUGAUCUGAAAAUGACUGAUGGAACCUAUGUCUUUGUUCCUUAUGAUGCCCUGCUCUACAGUUUACCUUAUAAGCAUACACCCUACCAGGUCCUGAGGAACAACCCAAAACUCCGGGAAGCCUAUGAUGCUGUGUUGACCAUUACAGUGGAGUCCCAAGAAAAAACCUUCUACCAAGCCUAUACUGAGGCAGCAGCUACACAUGAAGUUCCUGAGAAGCUGGACUCAGAUCAAGUUUCACCGUUGUUUGGAACCAUCUACAAUUCAAUUUACUUUAUCGCACAAGCCAUGAAUAAUGCUAUGAAAGAAAAUGGACAGGCUAGUGCUGCCAGCCUGGUUCAGCAUUCCAGAAACAUGCAGUUCUAUGGAUUCAACCAGUUGAUAAGGACAGAUUCAAACGGAAAUGGAAUUGCAGAAUAUGUAAUCCUGGACACCAACUGGAAAGAAUGGGAACUGUAUAGCACUUACACUGUGGACAUGGAAACGGAGCUGCUACGGUUCAGAGGGACCCCCAUUCACUUCCCUGGUGGCAGGCCCCCUCAAGCAGAUGCAAAAUGCUGGUUUGCAGAAGGGAAGAUCUGUCAAGGAGGCAUCGACCCUGCCUUUGCCGUGAUGGUCUGUCUCGCUUUGCUUAUAGCCCUGUUGUCUAUUAAUGGAUUUGCUUACUUUAUAAGGCGUCGUAUAAAUAAAAUCCAGUUGAUUAAAGGACCCAACAGAAUUCUACUGACUUUGGAGGAUGUGACAUUUAUCAAUCCCCACUUUGGCAGUAAGAGAGGAAGUCGUGCCAGUGUAAGCUUCCAGGUCACCUCAGAAGUCCAAAGUGGGUGGUCCCCAAGGCUCUCCUUUUCUUCAGGGAGUCUAACUCCAGCUACCUAUGAAAACUCCAACAUAGCAAUUUAUGAGGGUGAUUGGGUGUGGCUGAAGAAGUUCCCCUCUGGAGGUUUUGGAGACAUUAAGUCCAUCAAAGCACGUGCAAGUAAUAUGUUUGAAAUGAUGAAGGACCUACGUCAUGAAAAUAUUAACCCUUUAUUGGGCUUCUUCUAUGAUUCAGGAAUGUUUGCCAUUGUGACAGAAUUCUGUUCCAGAAGGAGCCUAGAAGACAUAUUGACAAAUCAGGAUGUGAAACUUGACUGGAUGUUUAAAUCAUCACUUCUGUUGGAUCUCAUCAAGGGCAUGAAGUACUUACACCACAGAGAGUUUGCUCAUGGGAGGCUGAAGUCUCGGAACUGUGUGGUUGAUGGGCGUUUUGUACUAAAAGUGACAGAUUACGGCUUUAAUGAUAUCUUGGAAACACUAAGACUCUCCCAAGAGGAACCUUCUGCAGAAGAGUUGCUAUGGACGGCCCCUGAACUGUUGAGAGCUCCAAAGGGCAGCAGGUUAGGUUCUUUUGCAGGAGAUGUCUAUAGCUUUGCCAUCAUCAUGCAAGAAGUGAUGGUCCGGGGCACCCCAUUCUGCAUGGUGGAUCUGCCUGCCAAAGAAAUCAUAGACAGACUUAAGAAGCCUCCUCCUGUGUACAGACCAGUGGUUCCUCCUGAGUAUGCCCCUGCAGAAUGUCUCCAGCUAAUGAAGCAGUGCUGGGCUGAAGCUGCAGAACAGCGACCAACUUUUGAUGAAAUAUUUAAUCAGUUUAAAACUUUCAAUAAAGGGAAGAAGACCAAUAUCAUUGAUUCCAUGCUUCGGAUGUUGGAACAAUAUUCUAGCAACUUGGAAGAUUUGAUCCGGGAACGGACUGAAGAGCUGGAAAUUGAAAAACAGAAAACGGAAAAGCUUCUAACACAGAUGCUACCACCGUCAGUUGCUGAAUCCCUCAAAAAGGGCUGCACGGUUGAACCUGAGGGCUUUGACUUGGUCACCUUGUACUUCAGUGACAUUGUGGGCUUCACCACCAUUUCUGCCAUGAGUGAGCCCAUUGAGGUGGUGGAUCUUCUCAAUGACCUGUACACACUCUUUGAUGCCAUCAUUGGCAGUCAUGAUGUCUACAAGGUAGAGACCAUUGGAGAUGCUUACAUGGUGGCCUCAGGCCUCCCAAAGAGGAAUGGCAGUAGGCAUGCAGCUGAGAUUGCAAACAUGUCCCUAGAUAUCCUGAGCUCCGUUGGUACCUUCAAGAUGCGACACAUGCCAGAGGUCCCAGUCCGGAUUCGAAUAGGCCUGCAUUCAGGGCCCGUUGUUGCAGGAGUGGUGGGUCUCACCAUGCCCAGAUACUGCCUGUUUGGAGACACUGUGAACACAGCUUCUCGGAUGGAAUCAACAGGGUUACCUUAUCGCAUUCAUGUCAGUCACAGCACCGUGACAAUUCUUCAAGCUCUAAGUGAGGGCUAUGAAGUGGAGCUUCGAGGAAGGACAGAGCUCAGGGGCAAAGGCACAGAAGAGACCUUCUGGCUGGUUGGAAAAAAAGGCUUCACAAAACCUCUUCCUGUGCCCCCACCAGUAGGCAAAGAUGGGCAAGUAGGCCAUGGCCUGCAACCAGUGGAGAUUGCAGCCUUCCAAAGAAGAAAAGCAGAAAGGCAGCUGGUGAGAAACAAGCCAUAAGGUAAUGGCCAGCAGGAAAACAGAGCACGGGAGCUUGCCAAAUUUUCAAUGCUGGGGCUCCCUUUGGCAUGGGUGCCAGUCUCAGCCUACACUCGAUUGGCAGAGUGUGAUGGAGUUGGUGAAUUUCCAAGCUCCACUGAGUUGAGCAAAAACCUACUCGGGAGGCCUGUUGCAGAGCAAGCUGCAUCUGAGGGAGGUCAGCUGCCCUGUUCCUGAGAGAGACCUUUGCCUCCCGCACUGAUAACAUAUUUGAAUGUCAAACAAGGCUGGCCUCGUUAUCCAGUUAAUCAGGCAGGUGCACCUGUCUGUUUCAUUGUUGAGUACCUGGACCACAUGAUGAGCCACUUCAGGUCUUUGUAGAUUCACAUCUAUCUAAGCAACACAGCAAUAUUAUGAUGAUCUUAUUUCCCCAGGAUCCAUUGGCGAGACCAUCUUUGAGGGGAUGUUAUGUCAUUUCCUCUGGUGGCAUGCUUGAGCGCUUCUGAGGUUGGCAUUGCCAACCAAAAUAAGACUGGUUACACCUUGACUGCCUGGCUUGAAUUCAGGACCAUUUCCCCCAUCCCUCCUCCCCUACUAGAACGGUAUGAUUCCAGUAGCAACAACAGACUAAUUAUCAAGAAUUAUCCCCAUAUAUUUAUCUUUGAGGAAUCUGUUGCCUUCUGGGGCUCCUAUCAGCAUCCCUUCUCUAUCGUUCUUUCUUAUUUUCUCUUUUAUGGAGACUUUGACCCUAGUACUCAUUUCUCCCUCCACAUAUUUUUGGAAAUCACAAGCUUCUAAAGUAAACAUUAAGGCACCUCCACACAUUCCUGCUCCCUUGUUUCUUAGCAUGUUUCAGAAUAAUCACAAUUGUAGCAGCAACUACCAAAUGCAUCCACAUACCUCCUAUUUUCCCAUUAGCCUCUAUUGACUUUGUCAGAUCUCUAUAACUCUUUCUCUCCCAAGGAAACCCAGUGCAUCUUCAUUUCUGCAACUAUCACAGGUACCCUCUAUAAGUCAUAAUGCUCCAUAAAGGCUUCUGUACUGAGUUUGUGGCUCCCCUGAAGCUCCCUGAAGCUCCCUGUAACACCCCUUGCAAUCCUGCAAAAUGGAGGAUCCUGCAAUCCUGCAAUCCUGGAGCUUGGCUCUGUUUUUUCCUAUUGGUAAAUACAAGUAGAUAGGCAGCUGGGACACACAUUCACCUAAUUUCCAGGAACGUUCUUUCCUGUAGGGAAGGAAACACACAAAUACACAUAGACACACAGUCUCUUUCUCUGUCUCUCUAUCUUUCUCUCACAGCAGGCGAGUUUUUGGAAGCUCUUGAAGGGUUUCCCCUUUGGUAGGGUGGCAUAAGUAUUGCAAGUACUGUGUAAGAACCUAUCCAUUCCUAAGAAUGUGUUGGAAUUUGCAGAAGACACUGCAGCUGACUCACCAUCAUUGGCUGUGUGCUUUCUAAUGAUUCCCCAGCACUGCAGAUGGAUGUGACUUAGGCAAUUUAUACACACUCAUCUGGACCCCCUUGACAGAGGGCAAGCUUCUGUGGACUGUGAGUAUAUGGAACAGAUUGAAGCCAAUUGGCCCCAAAGUGGAUUUGACCUCUGGUCUUAGCCUCAUUAGCACUUAUACUUUAAUCAACAUAUUAAUUGACCACAGUGGCCUUGGCAGGCUUUGCAAAUCACAAAAAUCCUCAAGAAGAGUACCCUUGACAAAUAUCAGAAGGCUUGCCCUAAUUCCAAGAGCUCUCAGACAUCUCACAUCUCUCAUUAAAUGUCCUAUGUUGAUGUCAUCCAGUAACAUCACCUAUUCCACAAUGUUGCUAAUGUUCUAUGAAUUUUUAGGCUGACUCAUAAUGAGACAGAUCCAACUUGCAAAAGACCCACAACACCAAUGACUAUCUCUCAUAUGCUGUUGCUGUCAUGGGAGCUGUUAGGGGAAAAUUUGAAACCUUUAGAGAGCCCUCUGGGGUCAUACAGGAAGGAAAAAGAGAUGCUGUGACAGGGACACAGCUUUGGUGAACUGACUGCAGUGGCUGCCUCUCAGGCAAGGCCCUGAUGUCUACCCAGUAUCUCCUUCCUCAUGUCCCCAAAUAUCCACCACUUUCCAAACCUUCCUAAAGGUUAUCACUUCAUCUGGUUACUUUCCCUAAAAUUUCACCAACUGGGCUUCAUUUGGGGUUAAUGAGCCUUUCAAUCAUAGAUGUACCUUUUGGAGGGCAAGGGAGGACUAAUCACUCAUAUCAGAGUGGAAGUGAACUGAGCUGGAUGUUCAGGAGAACUUGUAACUUUCAUUUUGGUUGGGACCAGGAGAAAUGAGGAAGUUUGGCAGUUAUGAAAAAAAGAAGGAAGGUCAUAGUGGAGGUUUUGGGACAAGAGCAAUGGAUCCCUGGGAGAUGGGAGAAGAGUGAAAACAAGUAUGAGAGUGGAAAAGUCAGUUUAGAUUACCCCACUUUUAAACCUUUGCUCUGGGUUUUCUUUGGACCCAAAUAAUAGGAAGAAAGCAUGCUUUUCCUUCUGCUCUCAGGACCUAGGACCUCUGCCAGAGCUCUAAUGUAACUGCUCCAUGUGGGUUAAAUCAGCCUUUGUAGACUGGCCCAGAAACUUGACCACCACAUAUAUAACACAGUUUCUAUGGAGCAAGGCAUUCCAAGUUCCAAAUCAUUGACUUAUAAAUGUUCAGGACACAUCUCAUCAGUAAGUUGAAGAUUACUUAUAUAUUAACAUGCCCCCUUUUUUUGUUAAAUUUGUAAAAAAAAAAAAACCCUUAUAAAUAGCAACAUCUAGUUAGGCAAACCUGACAAAUAUAAUAAUGUUUAUUUUUUCAGUGAUCCAGGAAAUUUUAGCAAUUUGUAAGCUCUUCUUGUAGAGUGGCGUUGUGUGGCUUAGAAUCAUUCAUAUUGAAAUCCUGUGAAAGGCCUAGGAUGGAGAAGGUAUACUUACUGUUUUCUCUUUCUCCCACCCAGAAGUGAAGGGCUGCAAGAUUAGAAUCUUCUCUUGGUGAGGCAAUGGAAGAGCUCACUCCAGUUCAACAAAUUGUUCUUCCUGGGCAAGAAAUUAGUGAAUGACUAUAUCUCUGAGGAUGACCAGUCUACAGGGUUAUUUAAGCCUAAUUCCAGUGUGAGGGGGGCUCCUGGGAAGUAAAUUUAAUAAGUUUUGUUCAUUACACAGCUAAUCACCAAAAAGGCCACUUGAAUGUAAACUGCAAUGGAUGUGAACCUUAAGGAAGGGGAGAGAACCACCUACCUCCAAGUUUAGUAAUUCCAAAAUAACAGGCCCAACUUGGACUAAGAUAAGAAGGUCUCUAUUUUCACAGAAAAAAGUAGGAGGCACUUUGUUUUCUUUUUCAUUUCAUUUGAAUCUCUAGAAAGUAUUUAAUGAGCAUAAUUUAUAACUCGGAUACUAUGAGAUUAGUGCCAGGAAAAAAAAUCUUCCAGCAAACAUACAUCUGAAUCCACAGUCUACUGUGACCUCAGUUGACUGGAAUGCCUAGGGAAUAGGGGGGAGGAGAAGAGUCUGGUUAAUUGUGUUGUUUGAAUAAUUCAGGGCUAAGAAGAAGUUCUUUUGUUUUCUUAUUGCUUAUUAUUCAAACUCUUUCCACAAUUGUCAUGGUCUCUUUUCCUGUCUAAGUAAGGGAAGUUUAAGGAACAUAAUUGAAUUGUCCUUGCUAGAUAGGUGAGCAUCUUACUGGGCCUCAGGGUUAUAUUCUGAACGUGAAAGGAAGAGAUGUAGGAGAUAUUGUCAGGAUGAAAGAUAUAGAAGUAGUGGAUUGAACUGAGCAAUUCCGUUUGUUUUGUUCUUUUUCUCCCUUCCCCUGUCCACCCUGCCUUUCAAGCCCCUACGCUGGCCCCUAAAAUAAAUCCCUUUGAACAUUUGUUUUUACUUUGUGCUUUUAGUUUUCCAAAUUCUACUUUCAAGGGGUUAUUGGCAAUGGCUUGCCACAAUCACAUGGACCAAAGCAAUAAGACUUAAGUCACAGGCAUGUUUAAAAUAGUUAAGCAAACUUUUCCUCCCUUUUAUUGUAAAAAAUAAUCUAUUAAAACAGCUGAACUCAAACAUAUCAGCCAGUAAAGCAGUUAAUUCUUUUAGAACAAGCCUUUUUUUAAGAAAUGCCUCAGGUAUAAUUUGAUACCUUUCUCACUCAUAUUUAAUUUUUUCCAUUAUCAACUCACCCUGAAUCUAGGCUUAAAGUCAAAAGUUCUUCCCAGCAGUUUUCCCUCCACUUUCAGUCAAAGCACCCUUGGACUCUUCACAGGAGCUUAACCUCUCUCACCCUAAGGUAGUCUAUUUACUAUGCUAAAGCUGUUCAAAAGGAUGCAGAAAAGGCUGAAGGUGCCUUUCAGCUUCCUUGAUCAGAGUUUCUAAUUCCUUUUUCUAGAUAUGGCAGAGGGAGACAUGAAAUAUCAUCCUCUACCUGUGGCAAAGGUCUCAGUCAAAAGCUGAGCAUUUAAGGAUUUUAGAGAGACAAGGUCUAAGGGAAGUUUCCAAGAAAAAUACCAAGUCAAAAACAGGACUUCACUUCUCUUAGAGGAGGUGGCACUGCCCUCUAGUAUGAAUAGAAGGAUCAUUGAGGAUGAGGGAGGGGAAUGGGGCUGCACCUAUAGGCUUCAAGGAUCAGGAUUCUCCCACAGUCCAAUCCUUUAGCCCAGGAACUAUAGUCCCAGGCCUAGGCCUGCAAAAUAUUGAGCAACAAGACCCACUGAAGGUGAUCCAUUAGCUCUCUGUCUGAUCCUGUCCCCUAUUUCCCUCUUUGGUAUUUCACAAGUCCAGUGUGUCAACCAAACCUACCUUUUAUAGCCUACUAAUCCUGUCUCAUGCACAAUCACGUCUUCCUUUGUUUGAUUCUGUCAUGAACCCCUAUCUAAAACCACUCCAUCCUUUCCCAGAUUCUGUUUCAUUAAAGCCUUCUGCAUUGACCAAAACUAAGCUUCCUUUAAUCUGCCUUAGCAUUUUAAUUAUCUGUGGAGAAGAUAAACACUCUCUACUCCCAUGAUCCAUUUGACUUAGUGGAGUCAAGCCUACUUCUUAUAUACUACUGAUUAUUUCUCUUUUCACCUGUUGCUACUAGCACAAUGGCUUGAGUUGGUGGUUAAGAGGGACCUAAAUGAUUUUUUCCCUCACAGCUCUUUUCUAGCUUAUAUUCCUUGUACAAAACAAAAUAUUUAGAAAACAAUUUAAACAAUGUAUUUUUUGAAACAGAUUUGAAUUUGUUUCAUUAUAUCUCCUUGUUUUCUUGUGAUUUUCCGCUUUUCAAAAUAGAUUAUUGGAAAAAGAAAGACAAAUGUUAAUGAAUUGCAAACUGGGUUGUGCUUAUUUGAGGUUUUUCUGUACUUUACCAUGUAAUUUAACAAUUUGAUCAUCCCAUGAGGCAUUGUUUAAGUCCCUUUAGAUUUUUUUCUUCCUGAUCUCAAUGGCAAUACAGGUUCAUUGUAGAAAAUUUAGAAAACACAGAAAGGUUUAUAGGAAAUUUAAAUUGCUCAAAUUCUCUUUAGAUCUUUUAUUCUAAUUUUUCCUUGUUUGGGCUCAACUUCAUACAUUACUGCAUGUUAUAACAUCCACUCAGCCAAAUGAUACCUUAAGUCAGCUGAUUCUCAAAUUAGUCCAUUAUACUUUUAUUGCUGGCCUUGUUAAUCCAUACUUUUGGUGUAGAGGCUGAAUCAGUUUCAAAUUUGGGCAGCUUUCAGUGAUCCACUUGUUCCUGAUUUCACUUGGCAUAGGUAAGUAGGAGGAGAUAGCAGAUGGUUAUACCUCAUCAGAGAGCCAUAACUUGGUUUACUACAUAAAGCUACUCUACCAAAAAGUGUUGUUCCAAGGACUCCCAUUCUGUCUACCUUGUCUUAGUCUUAGUACAAACAACUUUAUUACCAAGCUACUCAUCUCACCACAUUCCUGUCUCUAAUCCAAGUGGAAUCAACUUGCAAGUUGUGGGAUGUGGCAAACAGCCAAAUGGUAAUACUUCGUGCACUGGGAGGUCACAUCUUUGUGACAUCAAACAAUUGGAUGUAACUUAAAAACCUGGUUGAAUCAAGUAAGCAUUAAUUAGAUGAAAGGCCACAAUGGAUUGACCAUUUUAUUUUCCAGUUAAAGCUGGUUGACCUAAUCAAGCACAUUUCCCAUCUGGUUGGUUGCUUCUGGCCCAUUAAAAUAGUGGAAACUCUGUAAUAGAAUUCUCUCUUACCCCUUCUCUGGUCUGUGCCAUCUUUUCAGGUCAAGAAAAUUCAUAAGUAGACCACAGACACAGACAUAAGUUACCUUAAAUAAUACAUCAUAUAUCUGUUGUUUGUGUAUUGCUUGGGUUUCUCUGGAGUGGUUUGUAAAAAACCCUGCUAUCUCACCUCUUUUCCAGUUCAGAUUUACUGCAAGCAAGCAGUAGUGGACCUUUUCCAAAGUGGCAUUGAGAAUAGAGGUGGCCAUUAAUUUAUAUUCUCACUUUGCCUCACUGCAAAUUAGAGUGGCUCCAGAUGCCAUUAAGAAUUUUUCAAAGGUGAUCUAAUUCCAAGCAAAUAAAUCUGCACAUAGAAUCAUAGAGCUGGAAGGGCUUGGAAAUCAUCAACCCUGUUGAAAGGUAGGGUAUUGGGGUCCAGAGAAGAGAAGUCAUCUUCUUAUGAUCACCAUCUAGUUAGAAGAGGAACUGCUCUUACCAAAGUCAAAAAGAGAUCUGAGUUAUCAAGGACAACCCCUGACACUUUGGAACACUUCUUAGAGAUCCUGGGAUAAGACCUCUAACCAUGCAUGUGGGCACAAGCUUGGCAGGCAUAUUUUGGUUUACAGUGUUUUGAGUUUGUGACUCUGUGACAUCACAAUCCAGAGAGAGAGAGAGAAAAGAUUGCAGGUUCCUUGGUCACUAGAUCACCUCUACUAAACAGGAUCUUAUCCAUAGCUAUAAAUAUUCCCAAGUUGAUUUAGCCCAAAUGUAUGGAAAACAAACCUCCAAUUAUUCCCAGGCUUAUGGAUUCACUUAUAGUUUAUAACACAUGGUCUUAGUUCCAUUUAUCAAUUUAGUCUCAGAAAUACCUGAGAAGAGGCCUAACUUCAGAGGAUAUCUUAAGAAUAUUUUCACUGUUGCCCAUCAUCCAAAUAAGAGCUCCAGUAUAUAGUGAGAGAAGUCAGAGGAGAACUAAGCUCACAAACUUCAAAGCAAGAUUAGAAUUUAGAACUAAUUCAGAUUACUAUUGUUGACACCACCUUUAUCCUCCAGAGCCAUGAAAUCUGAGUUGUGGGGACAGUUGUAUACCCAGUGAGUAUAGGAUAGCUAGAUAGGUACUUUGCUCCUGUGUUCACUGACUUCAGCUGUUUUCAGGGGUGACUGAGCCCAUCAUGUGGAAUAGUCCAAGGUAAACUUCCCAUGACCAUGCCUUCCGGGAAUGAGAAAUCAAAGGAAAAGCAGUUGCUCCAAGCAAUUUCUGGGAGCCGUAUAGGGGGCUAGCUGAUGGAGUUAAGUUCUUUAUAAAUGGCAGUAUAUUAACUUCAUGGGGACAUUUUUAGUGUGGUUAAGAAGCAAGACAUACUUGUUCUUUUGGGUAUUCCUUGGUCAGGAGCAAUCUAGAGUCAAUUUCUUGAGAUGAUUGUGAGUCUGUAGAACCUGCCCCAUUGGUCAGAUUUGGGUUGGCUUAGGUACUGACCUCACAGGACAAACAUUAAUAUGGAAUAUCCUCAUUUAUGCCUAUAAUUUGAACAUACAAUAUUAUUUGAAUGGUUUAUAGUGAUAGUAUUCCAAAAGAGUGUGAUAAGAUGGUUUUGUUACUUCUGGGAAGUAAUUUUUCCCCCUGUUUGUAUCUCUGUAUUGCAGUGCACUUUUCUGUGAUUAAAGUUCAGGACUUAUAAUUUUCCUGUUCUAAAAGUUUUAAUGUUUCUACACUUUUAUAAAUUCCUUAGUUAGGUUCCAAUCUAACUUUCUCUAUCCUUCUUACAGUUUAUGCUCUAGCCCAAGCCUAUUAUUUGUUCUUUCUCCUGACCUUUCCUGAUGCCAUGCCUUUUUUGUACUUUUCCCUCUACCUGAAAUUGCUCCCCUGCUUCCCACCACCAGAGGCCCAAAUUCAACCCUUCCUUGAAACUCUAGUCAAAUACUGCUUCUUCCAUAAAGAUUUCCUUGUUCUCUCUAGUGAUAUGUCCAUAUUUCUGAAUUUCUAUAAUAAUUUUACCUAUACUUCUUUAAUGUUUAUAUAAUAUUAAUUUGUUUUAUAGCCGUUUGUGUACUUGUCUCUGUUAUACUUUGGUCUAGAGAAAAUAAUACAUGUUACAAGCCUCUUGAGAGCAGGAAUCAUGUUUGAGUCAUCUUUGUACCCUGAAAAAUGCUUGACACAUAUAGAAGGCACUCAAUAUUUGUUGAAUAAAUAAAUGAAUGUU